UACACGUGUACGAUCAGGUACUUGCCAAACCGAAUAUACUGUCCCAAUUUGUGUACAAGCAGGCAAAAGGGGAAAGGAGAUGUUAGACAAAGCAUAGAUCAGUGGCUCCUUUGAGCUGUAAAAUGAACAAGAAAGGUCUCGCAAUUCUUUUGCGAACUAAAGUGCGCCCUCAGUCACCUUCUUCUGUGAGUAUUGGCGUAUUGCUAAUAAUAAUCUAAUAUGCUUAAAAUAUACAGUAUAUAUGCCUUAUGCCUUUGUUGUAUACGGAACAACUGUGCAGUUAUGCUGCAUCAUAACAAAGUGCGCAAAAUGGAGACAUCCCCCCGAGAAAGCACCCAAAUUUCUGCUCCGACUGAGUCCUCCGAUCCGGAAAGGCACUCUGUUCAGGUAAGGGAUUGGAUGCACUCUGCAAUAUCAAUGAACAAGACAGAAAUUUUAGAUGCUGCUCUAGAUGGGUUUUCUGAGGGUUAUGUUGGCCUUUCCCAUGAACACCGUCGGGAUUUACUUCUUGCACUAGCCCGAGAUUACGAUCUCAACCGGGCUCAGGUUCGUGAAAUGAUGAAACAGUAUCUUGAUCUUCAGCUUCCCAGUGAUAAGGCUAAAGACUGCGGGCAUGAAGAGGAAGGAUCAGUGUCUGCAUUCUACAGAAUAGAGCGGAAUCUGAGACAUGCUUUGAAGCCAAUGUAUGAGGUCCUCUUUGAGCGCCUAAAUACACAUCCUGGAGGACUGAAGUUCCUGUCUGAUAUGCGCGCUGAUAUUAUUUUGAUUCUCGCGGGCGAAAAUGCGCUGUCACUGAGAGCAUUAGACUCCUUCUUGAAAGAGAAACUGGUUACUUGGCUGAGCCCGGCUAAUCUAGAGCUCCACAAUAUAACAUGGGAUGAUCCUGCUUCUUUGUUGGAAAAGAUUGUAGCAUAUGAGGCUGUACAUCCUAUAAGCAAUCUUAUAGAUCUCAAAAGAAGGCUAGGAGUAGGUCGUCGUUGCUUUGGUUAUUUUCAUCCAGCAAUCCCUGGUGAACCUCUUAUUUUUAUUGAAGUGGCACUUAUGAAAGAUGUGGCUCAGACGAUACAGGAGGUCUUAUGGGAUGAUCCUCCAACACUUGAAUGUGAUGCCAGCUGUGCACUAUUUUACUCUAUUUCAUCAACUCAGUCCGGUUUAUCAGGAAUCAACCUUGGAAAGUUUCUAAUCAAGCGAGUGAUUGAUGUGGUAAAGAAGGAUUUGCCCACCAUCUCUACUUUUGCAACACUAAGCCCUAUUCCUGGUUACAUGCAAUGGCUGCUCUCUAAGUUGGCUUCUUCAGAGAGAUCAAGCCCAACCUUUAGAGAGAACUUACUUAACCCAGAUGAAGAAAAAGCCAUUUUAGAUGCAUCUGGGGAAUUGAAUACAGGAAGAAGUGGUAUUGAAGUACUGCGGAAUAUGUUGACAUCAAAGGACUAUGAGUGGACUAAAUCAACAAUGUUGAUAUCUGUGCUUAGAGCCCCUCUAAUGCGACUUUGUGUUAGGUACCUUCUCCAUGAGAAGAAGAGAGGAAAGGCUCUUGACUCUGUUGCCAAUUUCCACUUGCAAAAUGGGGCAAUAGUUGGAAGACUUAAUUGGAUGGCUGACAAAUCUGAAAAGGGCCUCAACCAAAGUGGUGGUAUAAUGGUAAAUUACAUAUACAGACUGGAGAAUAUUGAAGAAAAUGCCCAGUCAUAUAUUAGUGGAGGACUUAUGCAAACAUCCUCUGAUGUCAGAAACUAUAUUGCGGAUGCAGAAUGAUCAAGGAAGAGGGAAAGAUGAAAUACUACAUUUGUAUAUUGUGUAAUCUUCAUUUAGUUCAUUCUCAUUAUAAGGUAAAUAUGCCAUACAUUUCGUCGGUAGAUGUAAUACAGGGUAUUUUUAACAGUAAAGGUGUUGCACUGUUAUCUAUCCAUCGCUUUUCAAUCGCGGUUAUUUGCAGUCACUAAUAAGGGCAACAGUGCUUAUUAUUGAUCUCCACUCGUAUUGAUUGGAGUGCUGUUUAUCACUGUGCUACUUACAUACUCCGCAUCUGAGUUUAACACUUGUCCUUGGAAAUAACAGUUCGGGCUAGGGUUUUGCCUCGUGAUUGAAAAAAACUGACAAUGUAUUUAGACAUCAAUAUUUUUCUUUUUGGCUGUUAAGACAGCAAUGUUUUAAUAACGUGUGAAUGUUUUUCUGGCUGCAUAUGUUUAUACUUUAUGGUGUAAACCUUUUCUUUUCAAAGGG